CAUCUUCAAUUUCCCAGAAUUGGCGAAAGUCUUCGUCUUUUUGUUUGUUUUCAGGAGACCCCUCUGACUUAGCCCAUCCAACAGUAGUAAUGGAGGUCGUUGAGACUCCCACCCUCUCCAACUUUGAUCGCCAGUCAAAUAACUCUCCGUUUUACGCCAUGUCCAUCCCCUCCCCGUCGGAGCUUGAGCGCAAUGGCCUUAGGAGCUCGGAUUUUCAGGAUCCUUUGCCGGUGGAUAGUCCGAAGACCUGCGGGCUGGAUGAUCCGUCACUGGUGAAUAGUCCGAGUACUGGCGGACCGGAUGCUUCUCAGCCCUGCGAUGGCUUCGAAAUGCCGGCGGAGCCUGUACUCGGCGUUGAAGCUACGCUUACAGAUGAUCGAGAUGCAUCGGGACUCCCGCCGUCGCCUGGUGACAAGUCGAGUGCCGCCGUGAGGCUGCAGAAGGUCUACAGGAGUUACCGCACCAGGCGCAGGUUGGCGGAUUCUGCUGUGGUUGCUGAAGAGCUAUGGUGGCAGGCGAUAGAUUUUGCCAGACUGAAUCACAGUACAAUUUCGUUCUUUGAUUUUCUGAAACCUGAAACAGCUGCUUCUAGGUGGAGUCGGAUUAAGUUGAACGCUUCUAAGGUGGGAAAGGGGUUGUCCAUAGACGCUAAAGCACAAAAAUUGGCUUUUCAGCAUUGGAUUGAGGCUAUUGAUCCACGCCACCGUUACGGGCAUAAUUUGCAUACUUACUACGAACAGUGGUGUGAAUCUAAAUCUGGUCAGCCUUUUUUCUACUGGUUGGAUAUAGGAGAUGGGAAAGAGGUUGAUCUGAAUGAAUGUCCGAGAUCAACACUUCGACAACAAUGCAUUAAGUAUCUGGGACCUCAAGAGAGGGAAAAUUAUGAAUAUGAUAUCAUUGAAGGGAAAAUUAUUCAUAAACAAACUAGAGACCUCCUUGAUACAAGCAAUGGAUCUAAAGGAGGAAAAUGGAUUUUUGUUCUGAGCACUUCGCGUGAACUCUAUGCUGGUCAGAAGAAGAAAGGGAUGUUUCAUCAUUCUAGCUUCUUGGCUGGGGGAGCUACUUUAGCUGCAGGAAGACUAGAAGCAGAGCAUGGGAUUCUCAAGUCCAUCUCUGCAUAUAGUGGACACUACAAGCCAACAGUUGACAUCCUCGACAGUUUCCUAUCCUUUCUCAACGAGAAGGGUGUGAACCUUAAUGAGGUCGAGGUAAACAAAGCAACUGAUGAUUCUGAUAGCUAUUUUGAUGGCAAGCCUAAUGGAGGUGAAAAUGCAGCAGAAAUUUCAACCUUCUCAGAGCUUCAUGAACCUGAAAUUCCAACUGAACAGAGGACUAUAUCCACAGAGUCACAGGAAACAGACAAAAUAGAGACCAAGACUGAAUACAAAAGGACUCUAUCUGGGGGGCUUCAGAGCCCAAGGGCUGAGGUGCCUAAAAAAGCUAUUUUGCAAAGGAUCAACUCCAAGAAGGCAGCAAAAUCAUACCAGUUAGGAGACCAGCUCUCACUCAAGUGGACAACCGGAGCGGGGCCAAGGAUUGGAUGUGUUGCGGACUACCCUGUAGAAGUGAGACAACAGGCAUUAGAGUUUGUUGACCUAUCUCCAAGAAUUCCUCAUUCCCCUUUGACACCAUCAGCCUUCAGGCGCAUGGGUGGUUUUGCAUCACCUUCAGCUCAGACCACAUCCAAUGCCUGUGGCUGUGAUGCUGGUGGGACUUCCAGCGUUUGAGUAUCAUUAUCAGUCACCAUUUUCUCUGCUUCUACUAUUCUAGUGGCUGCAUUAAUGAAAUGUAAUUAUGUAUGCCUUUCUAAAAGACAGACAUCCAGGUUUCUUUUAGCUGGUAUUUUCCACCACCUAGCUCUAUACCUUCCUUAUCUCCUUGUCUCUCUCAUAAACACCUCUCUUACUGGCUAGGUUUAGCUAGUUAUCAAUAAAGGAAUCAAUUUCUUGUACUGUUAAGUGGUAUAAUCUCC